AUGUAAAUGGACAUUCCUAGUAUAUCACGUACAAGUUUGAGUUCAAAAAAGUUAAGUUAAAGAUUUAGGAUUGAUAAAUAAGGUCAUCCAAUAUUGAGAGGAUUUAAGUUGCAUUCAGUUACAUUUAUUGAUGAUGUAGUUAUUGGAACAACGGUUCAUCAGAUAAUUCUUGUUGACAGUUGGAAACAUCAUAAUUUGAAUGAUUUUCGAAAAGACUCAUCUAAAUGUUGUUAAAUUAGCUGA